UGUCAAGUAAACCAGUGACGUACACUAGAAGUCCGAAAAACUUUCAUUUUAUCAUCAUUAAAACACCCUGUAGAACUAAAUCACCUGAUAUAAUCAUUUAAGUAGAUUUUUCCAGAAUAAUAUACAAUAUAUAAACGAACCCCCAAUACGACGCCAUUGUGUUAAAAUAAACCGGGAAAGUGUAAUGUCAUAAGUUAGUAACAGUUAGUUUAUGUGAUUUAUUUUUAACAUUAAUUUUAGUUAAAAAAGUGAUUGUGUUAGUUUUUUAGUGUUUUUUUGAAAAAUAGAAGUUUAAAUCUAUACAAGAACAUGUAAAAAAAAACAAAAUGGUUGCCGAAAUAAAAUCCAUCGAUCAACUAAUAAACGAAGCUAAAACGGCUUUUCGUCAACAAUUUAAAGACGAACCUAAUGUCGCAGUUUACGCGCCUGGUAGAGUGAAUUUGAUUGGCGAACAUACUGAUUACAAUGAUGGGUUCGUUAUGCCAAUGGCACUACCUUUAGUUACCGUCAUCGUAGGUAAAAAAACGACAGGAAAUGACGUAACUAUUUACACCACGUUCGAUUUUAAAAACGAAGAAAAACAAACAACUUUCGAGUUACCACAACCUACGGCUUUAAUCAGAGCAAUAAAUAAAGACGGACCGAAAUGGGCAGUAUACGUAAAAGGAGUUAUAGCGAAUUAUAUAGGAAAUAUACCAUCAGCUUUUAAUGCCGUAAUUCACUCGAGUGUACCUUUAGGAGGCGGUCUUUCUAGCAGUGCAGCACUCGAAGUUGCCACUUAUACAUUUUUAGAUCAAUUGGCAUCAAGUAAAACCAAAGUAUCUGUUAAUGACAAGGCAUUAGCAUGUCAGAAAGCGGAACACGAGUAUGCCGGUGUUCCGUGCGGAAUAAUGGAUCAGUUUAUAUCUUUUAUGGGUAAAGAAGGUCACGCUUUAUUAAUUGAUUGCAGACAUCUUACGUCGAUUUUGAUACCGUUUUCAGAUCAAAACGUCGUUAUACUUAUAACGAAUUCGAACGUCAAACACGAACUCACCGGAAGUGAAUAUUCGUCGAGACGAAAACAAUGCGAAGAGGCGGCCAUGUUACUAAAAAAAGUCAGUUUGAGGGACGCCAAUAUGGACGACAUUAAAUAUUUGGAAUCUAUAAACACCGGUAAAGAAAUAGUUUCGAGGGCUAGACACGUCAUCACCGAAAUAACCAGAACGACGCUAGCCGCCGAAAUGUUGAAACAAAAAAAUUUUUGUAAAUUCGGCGAACUGAUGACGGAGAGUCACAAAUCGUUACGCCUCGAUUACGAAGUAUCUUGUCCCGAAUUAGAUCAGUUGGUCGAUUUGGCGUUGGAGGUCGAUGGAGUUUUGGGAAGUCGAAUGACGGGAGGCGGUUUCGGCGGAUGUACGGUGACGUUGGUAUAUUCACAAUCCGUACAAAAAGUUGUGGACAACAUAAAAAAUAAGUAUAAAGGCCAACCGACCUUUUAUGUAUGUAAAGCCAGCUCUGGAGCAUCUGCAGUACCUUGCUCAUGUAAAUAAAUAAAAUAUCAAAACUUUAAAAAAAUAUAUUUUCAAAAAUAACUUUUACAACCAAAAAAUUUCA